AAGGGCUAUUUUUUUCUACCAAAGACAACAUAACCAGUAACCACUGCAUAUGUUAAGGUCAAAGAGAAUUACCAUAUAAUAUAUGGAAAUCGUUGAUGAAUUGUUACAUUAAAAGAAUACAGAGAAUUGUUUAUCUAUUGGUUUCUAAUUCUCACAAGUUUUCAAUUUCUCGUUGUCAAAGAUCUACUUUGCAGUACAGGGCACUGUAGAAGGUUAUCAUUUUGGAAACUACAAACGAUGAAAAAAGUUUUUAAAACAAAUUAAUUUAAAUUUACCGAUAUGGCUCACGAUAUUUUGAGUCAAUUCUAUACUAGUCUCAACUUACCGUUACAAGAAAAGUUGAUUGAACUAACUCGUAUUAUAGACCACACAGGUCCAAACAAAGAUCUUCAGGCAUUGUUCCCCCAGCUUAUAAGCAAUGUGUUUUCCUCACCAUUCAGUAGUGGAUGGGGGCUUCGUACGAUCACGUGUGAUGUUAAUAAAUAUGAGUAUGAAGCAUUAAUAAGUUUUUUAGAACCUCAAGGACCAAUGUUCCGGCUGUGCUAUAAGCUGCUGUCUGAUCCGUCACUCAGAUACAAUUUACCAUUGAAUGUUUUACCAUUGGAUUUACAAAUGACACUUGAGAGAGGACCAUGUCCACAAUUUUAUGCAGAUAUUUUGUCUAUUGAUUCGCAGACUAUGAAUGUGGUAGCAUUAGCUCUGAAUCCAUUUGAUUAUUACAUAUUCCAUUUUGCACUGCACCUAAUAAGCAACAGCCAAAACAAGAGUUCAUGGGAGAGUUGGAACAGUGUGUAUUUUGCCUUGGCCUGUGAUUAUUUAAUGCAUUUUUUACCAACGGAUCCUAACAUACCAGUAUUGCCACAUAUACCAAAUUACACUGGCAAAGUACCAAUUGCUGCACCGUUACAAACCGCCAAUAGACCUCUACACUCUCCUUCUUUACUGCUUCUACCAGAUUUAACUGGCUCAAGUAUAAACAAUCAACACACAUCACAAGCCCAAUCCCGGAAUGAAAUCUGGAGAUCAGAAACAGUUAUGCAGGCCUUCAUUGAUAUUUGGAUGAGUGUUGAACAGAUUGGGACCAGUAACAUAGAGAUGUAUAAAAGAAGUUGCCCAGUUAACGUUUCUAGCCCUGAAAGAGUUCGAACUGUGCGUGUCCUCGUUAAACAUUUACACUCAUUUCCAGUAAAAGAUAUAACUGACUCAACAUUCCGCUCGUCAUCCUUACGAAAAUAUGCACGACAAAAAAUGUGUGCGCGCGCUUAUUAUUAUUUAAAGCAUUUAGUCACCACUUGGCCUUUAGAUGCAUCCUUCAGGCUUGUAAUGGAGCUAUGGUUAAGUCUUAUUCAGCCUUGGAGAUAUGUCAAUAGGGGGAUCAGUCUAAGCAGAUUCCCUGGAAUUGAAAACAACAUAGAAGAAAAUAACACAAAUAACCUGGAUGCUAGUUACACUCAAUUUAUUGCAGAAAAUUUUCCAUCAUAUACAUGUAUAUUUCAAUUGGUUAUACCCCGUUUUAUGAGACUCGAUAUAACAGCAUAUAAAAAUGCUGCCAUGCUCUUUAGACUGGGAAAGGUAUUUUCUCAGCAACAUUUAGUUCCUAUUCUACGCAAUUUAGAACAAGCUAUCAUUGAUAGUGGCAACACGCUAUCACAAUCUCUGGACUCCAGUUUUUAUCCAUCUUCACAUGAUCACAGUUAUACAUAUAAUGGUGUUGCGCUUCACAAAUGGGUGGCGAUUGCAAAACAAGCUAUAUCAGAACUAAAUCUAUCAGCAAAUUUUGAAUACGAACCAGUGUGGAGUGAUAACACUCGGCCUUUUAUCAUGGAACUUAUCAAAAGAAUAAUCUCUUCCAAAGUUUUGGCUGAAAAAAAUUUGGAAGAACUAAAUAAGAAACUAAAUACACAUAAUGAAGGUACAUGGGCAUCCAUUAAACUUUGGCUCAUGAUAAAUAAUCAAAAUGAAGAUGAUCGGAUACUAUUUGAAGAGUGUAAAAAGGUCCCGAUAUAUCUAAAGGCCUCUGUUCAUUAUUUUUCAGUCGUAUUUGGGUUAAACGAGAAUACUUUAAUAACACCUGAACAAAUUCUAGAAGAUAAUUCAUUGGACCAUUCAUCCUUUGUCAAUUCAACAAGUUUUCCACUUUCAAUAACUAAUAAGCUACGAAGUAAAUCCACUAAAAUAAGUUAUAUGGGUGAUCCAGACUUGAUGCCAAUUACUUCCUAUGAAAGUACAAUUAUAAUAAGAAUGUUAUACCAAAUAGCAUUAAGAUUAAAUGAAGUGUAUGGUGACAAAUUUUCCGUGCUCUGGAAUAGACAAGACUUUUGGGGAUAUGUAGCUCGCGAAAUCCUUCAGGCGCCGUGUGAAAUACAAACAUACAUGAAGGAUAUAACAAACCAUCAAACUAUUGAAAGAAGAGAACUGCCCGCGAGAUUGUCCCUCAGGCGAUUUGGGUCACAUGCAUUUGUUUUGUGGGUAAUCAUAGGUUACAUUGUAUUUAAAUUGUUUUCCCUUAGCGGGUUCUUUUAUAUAUUUGUUUUAUUUUCAUUUUGGAUGUUUCAAGUGCUAAUUAAAGCCAGUUUAAAAAAAAUAAAACUCUUGUAAUAUGUAUUAAUCAUGAAUAAUUUUAUACAAUAAAAAUAUUUUUUCAAAUA